UUGAACUCGAUUUUUCAAUCGGCCGUCAGCUCGCCCUUCAAUCGACUGAAAAUCUCGGAAUUGCGUCCUUGUCGUCGGUUUACAGCCGCAGAUUGAAUCACCACUGGCCCGAGCACCCUUGCCGCUUCACCCUUCAAUGGUCGGCGACUUCUAAAAAAUUCUCUCGCAGGUUCGGCGAGAGAGGACGGCGGCCAGGAUGAUCACGUUGACCAAAAUGCUGGGCAAGGACCGCACCUCGAGCGGACAGUCGACCAGGAGGGCCUCCGUCAGAGACAAAUUAUUGAUCAAAGAAGUGCAGGAAAUGGAGCUGCCGCCGACGUGCAAAACGCAUUUCGAAGAUCCGCAAAAGCUGUACGAAUUCAAUUUGACCGUCGCCCCAGACGAAGGUUUCUGGCAGGGCGGACACUUCAAGUUCCACAUUUACGUCCCUGAAGAAUACAAUAUGGCUCCGCCAAAAGUGAAAUGCUUAACCAAAUUGUGGCACCCAAACAUCAGUGUGGACGGUGAAAUUUGCCUCAGCCUUCUGCGGCAAAGUUCGAUCGACGGCCUUGGCUGGGCGCCAACACGCAGAUUGAAAGACGUCGUCUGGGGCCUCAAUUCUCUGUUCACUGAUUUGUUAAAUUUUGAGGAUCCCUUGAACAUCGAAGCGGCUGAGCUGUACGUUAGAGACAAGGAGGCGUUUCGCAUCAAGGCGAAGGAAUAUGUGAAUAACUACGCCCGGCGGUAGGAGAGGCCAACUUAGUGCCCAGAAAUGCCAAAUAAGGACAGGAGUGAAUCAAGACUUGAUCGUUAAGUUGCUGCCACAACUGCAAAUUUAGUGGUGAUUUUUAUACAUGUCAAAGUGAAGCUUUCUCAAUUACGAUUAAGUCGCAGUUAUAUAUUUGUUGUUCAGACAAUUUCAAGUCAGUGAUUGAUAAACUUUGAUUUUUAUGUGUUUGCCCGUUUAUAUGCCACAAUGAUAAUGACCUAUAAGUAAAAUUGUUUCACCAAUU